UUUUUCACAGCGAGGCUGGGGGGUGGAGGGGUUUGGUUUGCAAACGUAACGUCUCUCUCUCUUAAAAAAAAAAAAAGAACCUAACGUUGGUAAUAUAGCAAUCCAAAAUAUACUCAAGACUACGUCACUAGCAGCAACAGAAAACGAAGUGUGUUUAUUAUUAUUAUAAUUAUUAUUGUGUUAAAUUUAAAUUGACAAUCAAGUUACGGUAUUGAUAUAAAGCAUAGAUAAAGAAAUACUGUACUUCGAGUUUUUAAAAGUUAUUUGGAGAACUUUAAAAAAAAAAAAAAAUAUCUUUUAAAACGCGGCUGGGCUAAACCGGACCGGAUGGUAAAGUUAUAUUUAUUUCGGCACUUUGUGUGAAACACGACCCCUUAACAAAGCAGCCAUGUUCCCCGCCGCAGCCUCUCUCACGCCGGACCGAAAACUCCUCUCGUCUCUGGUUCUGUUAGCGAUUUUAUCGGCUCCGACUUCGGGUUUCUUUUUUAGUUCGGAACCCGUUCAAGAACCGAAGAAGCCCGGGUCCCUCUCCACGGUCCGGCUGUUCGUCUCCGAGAGUUUGGCUGAAGCACGCCGCAGCUUGGACUCCUGGCUCGGCCGAGAAGUCGUGGAGACCUCGCUGGGGUAUUUUCAGAAUGUCGUGUUCACCGUUUCUGAGGGAGCGGCAACCGGACUAAAUGUUCUUGUGAAACUCAUCAGCGAGCUACUCACUGCGCUGGGGGUCGAGGAUCGUCACUCGCUGGCUCGCUUGCAGUUCACCCACCAGGAGGUUGCCACAGUGCUGAUCUGGACCCUGGCCGCUCUGAUUGGCUACUGGCUGCUCUCCCUGGCGCUGCGAUUGGUGGGCUGUGUGGUGAGGCGGGUCCUGUGGCUAAUCAAGCUCGCUGCUUUCUCCGGCACCUUCCUCCUCAUCGUGCGCCGCGUCGAGGACAGCUACCAGCGGGGGGCGCUGGUCCUGGGACUGGUUUUACUGGCUGUGCUCCUGGGAGGGUUUAGGGGGAGCGCGGGGGAAACGAGUGCAGCCAGACUGGAGGGACUGGAGCAGAGGGUGGCUGAACUGAACAGGAAAGUCAACAGCCAGAGCAAAAGAAUCAGAAAGGAAGAGAAUUAAAAAUU